AACAACAGCUAACAGUUCCAGCUGCAGUUUGCAAGCUGCAAAAGAGAGAGAGAGGAGGGAGAGAAGAAAAAAAAAAAAACCUUCAUGCAAAAGGCGAAUAGAAAGAGCUACUCGCUCUGAUGCAUCAGCAGCACCGUAGACUCUGCAAAGGAUAACCGAGAGAGGAAAAAAAAUCCGGCGGUGCAAAUUGGAGCGGAGGCUGCGAGGGGCUGGCGGAGCGAGGCGGAGGCAGGAGAGAGCGCACGAGCCCCGACACCGCAAGACCCCAAGCUGGCUCACCCGGCGGCAACUCAGAGCGCUCCCCUCGCUGCCGGCGCGCACCCUUUCUGGAGGACUGCGAGCAGCAAAAGGAUGGCAUCAGAACUGGCAAUGAGCAACUCCGACCUGCCCACCAGUCCCCUGGCCAUGGAAUAUGUUAAUGACUUCGAUCUGAUGAAGUUUGAAGUGAAAAAGGAGCCGGUGGAGACCGACCGCAUUAUCAGCCAGUGCGGCCGCCUGAUCGCGGGCGGCUCGCUCUCCUCCACGCCGAUGAGCACGCCCUGCAGCUCCGUGCCGCCCUCGCCCAGCUUCUCGGCGCCCAGCCCGGGCUCGGGCACGGACCACAAGAGCCACCUGGAAGACUACUACUGGAUGACGGGCUACCCGCAGCAGCUCAACCCCGAGGCGCUCGCCUUCAGCCCGGAGGACGCCGUGGAGGCGCUCAUCAACAGCAGCCACCACCCGCUGCCCGCCGCCUUCGAUGGCUAUGCUAGAGGGCAGCAGCUCUCCGGCCCGUUCGGCGGCGACGAGCUGCCCGCCGCUGCCCAUCACCACCACCAUCACCACCACCACCACGUGCGCCUCGAGGAGCGCUUCUCCGACGACCAGCUCGUGAGCAUGUCCGUGCGGGAGCUCAAUCGGCAGCUGCGCGGCUUCAGCAAGGAGGAGGUGAUCCGCCUCAAGCAGAAGAGGAGGACCCUCAAAAACAGGGGCUAUGCCCAGUCGUGCCGCUUCAAGAGGGUCCAGCAGCGGCACGUCCUCGAGUCCGAGAAGAACCAGCUGCUGCAGCAAGUGGAGCACCUAAAGCAGGAGAUCUCCAGGCUGGUCCGGGAGAGGGACGCCUACAAGGAAAAGUACGAGAAGCUGGUCAGCAACGGCUUCAGAGAAAACGGAUCGAGCAGCGACAACCCCUCCUCUCCAGAGUUUUUCAUGUACCCGAGAGAAUCUUCUACAACGGUGAUGUGAAAAUCCCUGUCACCUGAGG